AUGUCUUCUGGUUCGGGCAUCUCCUGCUAUGACCCUUUACAAGGACGCGUCCAUGACCGGUUGGGGUGCAUACCUUUCCGGUCAGACGUCGGCGGGGGUGUGGUCGGGGGACAGCUUUCAGAACACAUCAAUGUUCUGGAAAUGCGUGCUGUUCUGUUAACCCUCCCUGCAGGGCAAGGCCAUUUGUCUGGCGACAGACAACUCCACUAUGGUGGCUUAUCUGCAGCGCCAGGGGGGCACCCAUUCCCAGGCUCUGUGUGCUUUAUCCACCCAGGUCCUGUUGCUGUGUCAGGAGAUCAGUCUCGAUUACACGGUGAGGCACCUUCCAGGUCGUCUGAAUGUUCUGGCCAACACUCUGUCUCGGUCUCGGAGCCUGGUUCUCACCGAACGGACCCUCAAGCAUUCGGUGUUCCGAUCUCUUUGCCUGGUUUAGGACAGACCCCAUGUGGAUCUGUUCGCCACGGCCCUGAACUUUUGACUCCCUACGUUUGUGUCUCCGGUUCCAGAUCCUAUGGCCAUGGCGGUGGAUGUUCUAUCCCAGGACUGGUCGGGAAUGUACGCGUAUGCGUUUCCUCCCUUCAAUCUGGUGGGCAGGGUGUUGGAGAAGAUUCUUCUACACCCUUGUACUGUGUUGCUGGUUGCACCGAUCUGGCCUCGACAACCUUGGUUUCCUCUGUUGCUUUGGCUUUCGGUGGACUUCCCGCGCAGCAUCCCCCCCCUGUGGGAUCUUCUGUCUCAACCGAGGUCCCGGCAGUUCUACUCGGGACCAGAACGGCUCCACCAUCACGGUUGGAUGCUAUCUCGGAAGGCUCACUCAGACGGGCUUUUCUCGAGAAGUUGUUCCAGGACAAAGGUCUCUCUCCAGGAACUAUUGCAGCCUAUCGUUCAGCCAUUGCUAGUGUGCUGGCUUUCUAUGGAAGCAAGUCUGUGGGCUCGGACGCUUCAUUGUCUGCUCUCAUUAGGGGCUUCUACAUUGAGAAGCCUCGUUCACGGCAAUUGGUCCCUAGGUGGAAUUUAGCACUUGUGCUAGAUUCCUUGUUGAGGGCGCCAUUCGAGCCCCUCCAAUCGACGGAUCUGAAGUUUCUUACUUUCAAGACUGUGUUCUUUAUAGCCUUUGCUUCCGGUCGCCGCAGAAGCGAUAUUCAUGCUUUCAGCAGAUCUCCUUCUUGCCUUCUUUUUUCAGCUCACCAUUCUUCGGUCUCAGUGACCACUGAUCCCUCCUUUUUAGCUAAGAACCAGGUUCCCGGUUUCACCCCAGGGCUUGUGGUUAUCCCUUCUUUGGCUUCAACUCUGGAUGGGGAUUGUCCUGAUCGCCUGCUCUGCCCAGUUCGGGCCUUGCGUUACUACUUGGCCAGAACAGAGGGGGGGGGGGGACACUUCUCUCGGCUGUUCCAGUCUCUCCAGCCCGGUCGCUCCGAUAUCUCUGCAGCGACCAUCUCACUCUGGAUUGUUCAGACUGUUCGAGCUGCGUAUGAGUCGGCAGGGGAUCAGUCCUUGCGGGUGUCAGGGGUUAGGGCUCAUGAGGUUUGCGCUUUAGCUACUUUGUGGGCCUUAUUUAAUGGUUCUUCUUACGCUGAGGUCAUGACAGCUGCUGUUUGGAGGGGUCAUUCUACGUUUACGGAGUUCUAUCUCCGAUCUUUGUCGGGACAGUCUGACGGGUUGUAUUCUUUGGGCCCUCUUGUGGCUGCCCAGUCCGUUGUCUGUCCUCCCUCUUCUUUUGCAUAA